AUGGAGACACCGGGCUGCCCGGCCUUCCCCCCGCCUCGCCGGCUCGGGGGUCCCCCGGGGCUCCCCCGGCCUCCCACCGCCUUCGCCCUCGGCCCAGCGGGGCCCCAGCGGCGGCCGCCGCCGCUCAGCCCCCGCCCCGGCCGCUGCCCUCCGCUCCGGGCACAGCCACGGUACCUGGGGGUCUCCAGCCCGGGCCCCCCCGCCGUGGCCGUGCAUGGGAAGCCCCCGUACCCGGCCGGGGCUGCAGGUGAGAAAGGCUGCAAAGGUGGGUUCCAGGCGAUUCCUGCAGCCUGCAGGGUCCCCCCGAAAGGCCCGGAGGAUUUGGGGUGCCCCCUGGCAGCGCCCCUGGGCAGCCUUCGGGACCACGGGAUCCCCGAGCUCCCCGAGCCCCUGGGCAAGGGCAAGAAGCGCAGGAACAGGACGACGUUCAGCACGUUCCAGCUGGAGGAGCUGGAGAAGGUUUUCCAGAAGACGCACUAUCCCGACGUCUACGCCCGGGAGCAGCUGGCGCUGCGCACAGACCUGACGGAAGCCAGGGUGCAGGUUUGGUUCCAGAACCGCCGGGCCAAGUGGCGGAAACGGGAACGUUACGGGAAAAUCCAGGAGCUGCAGAACAACCUGUGGCCGAGCCCUGGGAGCCCCCCGGGGCUGCUGCCCCCCGAGAGCAUCCCAUCCCCGUGCAUGUCCCCGUACCCCCCCGCUGCCAGCAACGGCUUCGUGGGCAUCCCCGCUUCCCCGGGCCCCCACCCCGGCAUCAACAGCCUCUACUCCCUGCACGGGCUGCCCCCCCCCGGCCCUGGCCCCACACCCCUUCGAGCCGCCCCCCCAACACGACUACAAGGCGCCCACCCUGAUGCCACUGAGGAUGAAGAGCAAAGAGGGCGCCGGGAGCCUCCUGAAUUGGGCCACAUGAUGCCCUCGGGGGAUGGACACGGAGCCCUCGUCCCCCCCGGGUAUCGCCCACCCCCGCGGCACCAGGGAGGGGGGGUCAGGGUGGGGGGGGGUCACCUUCGCCCCCUCUCUGCACACCCCAUUUCCCACCACGAUGCUGCUGCCCCUCCAGGCCCGCCGAGGGGGGCAAAGGGGGCUGUGGGGAGGAAAAAGAGGCGUCCCCGAACCCAGGCUGCCCCAGCGGGGCCGGCACCGGCAGCUCGGGAGCCCAGAAACGGCCGCCCAAAAUACCUGAGCCGUCCCAGCGAUGGAGAUUCCCGGUGGUUUCCCCCCGCCCCGGGCACUGCCAGCCGCGGGUGAGGCUGAGGAGGGGACCGUGCCCCCGGGGGAGCAGCGGGGCAGAGGAGUUUUGGGGGAAAUUCUCCCCUCCCCAGCUGAAAUUUGGCCUCUUGCUCCCUGCCCAGUGCAACCAGCAAUGGCAGAAAUGGGGCUCUUCCCCUGCCAGUGCCAUACUGGGAACACACUGGGACAGCUGCUGGUGCUCGGGGGUUACUGGGGACAGCGCCAAGGAGCUCCAAACCCCCCCCCGAGCUCCUUCUGCUCCCUCCUGGAGGGGAAACAAGGCCCUGGCACAGCUCCUGGAGCCCCCUGGCAUGGGCAAUAAAGCCAUGAGGUGGGGGCUACCAGGAUAAAGCAUCCCGAAUUAAAGGGAUGCUCUGCUACCCCUCCGGGGGGUGUUUUAAUCCCAGCAGCUGGGAACCCUCCAGCUGGGGUGUUGGGGGCACAACUGGUCCAUUUUGGGGGAGCUUCCUGCAUUUUGCAGGGUUCUGCAUGUUACUGGGGGUACCUGCAAGGCCAGUCUUGGGGGAGGGGGGCACCUCAUUGUAUCCAACGCGGUUCAUCUGCUCCGGGGGGUCCCAGGGGGGCUCCCCCGGUCCCCCCCAAGAGCCAGCGUGUCCUGUCCCCCCCCUCCACCCACUGUGACCUCCCCCACUGCAGGGAAACACCAAAAAAUGAAGCCAGGACCAACGCUGCUCACCACAGCACCAGGAGAUGCUGGCACACCCCAGGCACCCUCUCGGGCCAAACCCCGCCUUGCAAAAUCUGCAAUGCCCCAGCUCCCACCUCC